AUGAGUAAGUUAACGUCGCUGUCGGACCCGGCGUGCUCGGGAGGGCAGGAAUCCUGGAGGGGAAUCUCGACGACCGGCAAGGGCUUGAACAGCGGGGAGCAGGACGCCGGGGACGGCGGCAGCGGGGGGGGAGGAGGGGUGGGGGGCGGCGGCGGCGGUGGAGAGGAAGGAUUGGCGGAGGCCGAUGUAGGAGAGGAACUGGGCGAGGGACGGGGUGCCGCGCAGUUACUGGAGGAAGAUUUGGAAGAAGAAGGCGAGCCAGUUCACGAGGCCCCGCCACACCUGCAUCGACCGGGAGAGCACCGUCGGCGGCGGCGGCGGGCGGCGGCCGAGCACGCCGGGUCCGACAGCGACGUCAGCGUCGCCGGCGAUGACGAUCUCGUCGCCGUCGAGAGGCUCACGAUCGUUCUCGACUUAGACGAGACCCUAGUCUGUGCAUAUGAAACGUCUAGCUUGCCUGAGAUUAUCCGUGCUCAAGCAAUAGAAGCUGGAUUGAAGUGGUUUGAGUUGGAAUGUGUAUCUUCCGACAAGGAAUGUGAUGGGAAACCAAAAGUGAACUACGUAACGGUGUUUGAACGCCCUGGUUUGCAUGAGUUCUUGAAAAGGAUCAGUGAAUUUGCAAACCUUAUUUUAUUUACCGCGGGUCUUGAAGAUUACGCCAGACCGCUUGUGGACAGAAUAGACAAAGACAACGUGAUUGGAGAACGUCUUUAUCGCCCUUCGACUGUCAGCACGGAAUAUAGGGAACACGUGAAGGAUCUAUCUUGUUUAUCAAAAAAUUUGUCUCGGAUAGUUAUUGUGGACAACAACCCAUUUAGCUUUUUGCUGCAACCGUUGAAUGGAAUACCGUGCGUCCCGUUCUCAGCUGGACAGCCAUAUGAUGAUCAGCUUUUGGUGGUUCUCCUUCCUCUACUCAAGCACCUUUCUCUGCAAAGAGAUGUACGGCCAGUCUUGUAUGAGAGAUUCCACAUGCCCGAAUGGUUUCAAAUGCACGGUAUCCCCACCAGUGGUAACGGCGUUUGAUCCACAAUCCAGGAAAUCAUCUCAUGGAAGUGGAGACUCUGAUUCGUCGUCGCGCUACACAAGCUCGUGAUUCAUAGUGCCCUCAUCAUCCUUCUUGUACAUUAAUAAUAGUGUCGAAGGAGUCCUGUCAUCUCAAGAAUAUUAGGAUUUGUGGAGGCAAUUGAUGCAUCAUCAGCAGAGGGACCGAAGGGAGCACGAAGUUGAUGGACCGAUGGAGGGCAGCAUUCGUUUUUGCGUAAUUAAUUCAAAAGUGUAGUUUCCAAUCUGAUUAUCAUUGAAAGAGGUGGUCUUAAGAAUGGCCUUUGAUUGAGAAGUACUUAGCUUGGUCAGUCUUGUAGCAAUCGGAAUGCUGGAAUUACAGAAACUGUGCAGUUGAAGAUUAGACCAGUCUGUUUAAUUUCA